AUGAUGACGUUGAGGACGAUAAGGCGGUCGAUUACUCUUAAUCUGAAAGGUUUGAGAUUGGUUCAGUCUCAUCUCUUGGAGACAGGUACGCUUAGAACUGAUUUGCUCUGUAGCUUUUCUUGCUACUUGUCUUGCUGCGAACGAGACUUGUCUGGUAUUAGCAAUGGGAAAGUCUGUUUUAGAGAGAGAUUGAGAAAUGGGAUUGUUGAUAUUAAGAGAGAUGAUGCUAUUGCUCUGUUUCAAGAAAUGAUUCGGUCUCGUCCUCUACCUACGCUCAUUGAUUUCAGUAGAUUGUUUAGUGGUAUUACUAGAACAAGACAAUACGAUCUCGUGUUAAGGCUCUGCAAGAAAAUGGAACUGAAUGGGAUUGGACAUAAUAUCUACACUUUGAAUAUUAUGAUCAAUUGUUUUUGUAAGUGUUGUAAAACUUGUUUUGCUUAUUCUGUUUUGGGGAAAGUCAUGAAACUUGGGUAUGUGCCUGACACAACCACGUUUAACACUCUGAUCAAUGGACUAUGUCGCGAGGGUAAAGUGUCCGAAGCUGUGGUUUUAGUCGAUAAAAUGGUGGUAAACGGAUGCCAACCCGAUGUGGUUACUUAUGGUUCGAUUGUAAAUGGAAUAUGUAAAUCAGGAGAUACUUCUUUGGCCUUGGAUGUUCUCAGAAAGAUGAAAGAAAAAUAUAUUGAGGCCGAUGUAGUUACGUACAGUACAAUCAUUGAUAGUCUUUGUAGAGAUGGAUGCAUGGACGCUGCAAUCAACCUGUUCAACGAAAUGGAAACGAAAGGGAUCGAAUCUAGUGUUGUUACUUACAAUUCUCUUAUAGGAGGUUUUUGUAAAGCCGGUAAAUGGAAUGAUGGUGCACAGUUGUUGAGGGAUAUGGUCAGUAGGAAAAUCAUCCCUAACGUGGUUACUUUUAACGUAUUAGUUGAUGCUUUUGUCAAAGAAGGGAAGCUUCAGGAAGCUAAAGAGUUGUACGAGGAGAUGAUCACAAGAAAUAUAUCUCCUGAUAUGAUUACUUAUAAUUCCUUAAUUGAUGGGCUUUGCAUGCAGAACUGCCUUGACGAGGCCAAUCAGAUGUUGGAUCUUAUGGUUAGGAAUAAUUGCAAUCCCGAUAUUGUGACUUUGAAUAGCUUCUUAAAAGGGUAUUGUAAGGCCAAAAAGGUUGACGAUGCUUUGCAAUUCUUCCGCGAGAUUUCUAAGAGAGGAUUAGUGGCCAAUACAGUUACUUAUAGCAUUCUUGUCCAAGGGUUUUGUCAAUCCAGGAAACUUAAGAUGGCCGAAGAACUUUUCGAAGAAAUGGUUUCACGCGGUGUUCUUCCUGAUGCUAUGACAUAUGGUAUUUUCCUUGGUGGCUUGUGUGACAAUGGGAAGCUUGAAAAGGCAUUGGAGUUAUUUGAGGAUUUGCAAAAGAGUAAGAUGGGUCUAGAUAUUGUUAUGUAUACUAUCAUCAUUGAGGGGAUGUGCAAAGGUGGAAAGGUGGAUGAUGCAUGGACUUUAUUCUGUAGCCUAUCUUCGAAAGGAGUGAAGCCUAAUGUUAAGACAUACACCGUAAUGAUUUCCGGAUUAUGCAAGAAAAGAUCACUGCCUGAAGCAAACGUCUUGUUUAGAGAAAUGGAGGAGGAUGGGCACGCGCCAAAUGAUUGUACAUACAACACACUAAUCCGGGCAUAUCUUCAAGAUGGUGACUUAACCGCAUCAGCUAAACUUAUUGAGGAAAUGAAGAGUUGUGGAUUCUCAGCAGAUGCUUCCACUAUUAAGAUUGUUAUUGAUAUGUUCAAAAAGCCGGCAAGAUUUCCUGGAAUUGAGUGUUUGCGAGCCGUUCACCGCUAUUACUGCUUCUCGAAACUCCUUCACAAAUCCGACAAAUUAAGGAGAUGCUCUUCACUCCUUCGACGCCCAAUCUGUGAUAGCUUUCAAUCUGUUAUUAGCUUUCAUGAACCACUCAAAGACAAACUCGAAGAGAAAUCCAUCUUCGUGUGCCCUAAGGAGAAGACGAUGGCGAUGAUGAUUCAGAGAUUGAGGAGUGGUAAAGCUUUGAAAUUUGUUCAUACCCAUUUCCAUGAUACAGGUAUUCUGAGAAAUGUUUUAUUACAUUGCCCAGACGAGCUCUUGUAUGUCUGCGAACGAGACUUCUCUUCUGGUCUCAUCGAUAGAAAUCUCUCUUACAAAGAUAGAUUGAGAAGUGGGAUUACAGAAAUUAAGAAAGAUGAGGCUAUUGAUCUGUUUCAAGAAAUGAUUGGGUCUCGUCCUCCACCUACGCUCUUUGAUUUCUGUAGAUUGUUUAGCGUAUUAGCCAAAACAAAACAGCAUGAUCUCGUGUUAGUUCUCUCCAAGCAGAUGGAAUUGAAUGGGAUUGCACAUAAUUUCUACACUCUGAAUAUUAUGAUCAAUUGCUUCUGCCGGCGCCGGAGACUCGGUUUCGCAUUUUCUGUUAUGGGAAAGAUUGUGAAACUUCGGUACAUACAACACACUCAUCAGGGGACAUCUCCGAGGUUGUGA